AUGUGGCGUCGAUUCAUGCCAAUCGCCAUUGCCAUCGUCCUCCUCACGCCGUUCCUCGUCAUUUGGAACGUGAUAAUCUCCGAUGCGUUUCCGGCGCCCAUAUUCGGCGGCUUCACGCUGACCUACUCGAAACGGGUGCGAUGGGCGAGUCUGUCGCUGUUCCAGAUGAGCCUCAUGCUGCUCGCCGUCUCGAUAACCGUCGCGAGCACUUUGGUCACUCUGCUCAAGAUGAGACGGCUCGAAAAUCGGCUGAAAAGCUCCGAACGGACACUUUGUCUCGCCUCCUUCUACAUUUCCGCCGGUUUCCUCGCCGCCGCCCUUUUUCAGGCAAGUUUGCACGCAUUUGUACAAAGAUUCAUGAACUUUGCAUGUCCAUUUGAUUCUCUAGCUAUUGUAGGCUCACAAAAAGACGUACAAGUACCCGUAAGACCCCAAAAGUGUGACAAUAUGGGUAUCGAAACUAUCCAAAUCGGUAUUUCUCAUUCCAGAGCUACUUUGCGUUCGUCGGAAUCACCGCCGCCUCCACUGAUCUCUUCUAUUUCCUUCAAGGAUUCUCGUUCGACGUGCUCAACGUCGGCUCCCCAAUUGUGAUGCUGUUUCUGAGCGCUCAACUGAGAUAUCAUGUGAUUCCUGUGAAAAUGAUGGUCUCACGCAAGGCCACAGUAGUCUCAGUGACCUCUGUGAGCAGAAUUUAGUGAAUUUGUGAUAUUGUCAGUUGCGUUUUUGGCAAGAAAAAGUCAAACUUUGACCUACCGUAACUUGGUCCAUUUUUACGAUUUUUUGACAGUUAAAAAACGAAUCGAUAGAAAAUUUCAAGCUCUUUAACUUUGUAAUUGAUCAUUUUUUACGAUUAUCUAUAAGCAGUGAGAUAUAAGUGUUUUACUGUAGCCCUAUGAUUUUAGAUCAUCUCAAAAACGGUACUCUAUAAUAAAACGUCUAUAUCUCAACGCUCACGAACUUUUGCGAAAAUUUGUCAACAACAAAGUGAUAGAGCAUAAAAAUAUCUAUCAAACCAUUUUUUAACUGUUAAAAAAUCUUUAAAACUGGCCAAGAUACUGUAGUUCAAAGUCGGACCUCGAACUAAUAUUGUACUUUUCUCAAUUUGAUGACGGAUUUGUUAAUAAACGCUUAUGAUUCAUUUAUUUUUUCGCAUUUUCACAUGCUCACAACUAUUGUUCACCUGUAGAGUUGUGCCAAUUCUCAGGCGUUCCCGAAAAAGAGACGCAAAACUAUUAUCCUCUUUUCUGUUCGUUUCUCAACUUUGUAGCCUGAUCAAUUGAGAUACCAUGUGGUCCCCGUGAGACGGACGGUCCCACACAAGACCACAGUGGUCUCAGUGACGUCGAGCGAGCAUAGUUGCACAAUUUCAGAGCAUUUCUUGCAGAAACCGUUUGAUCGUUGAACCCCCGCAUUCAACUGGAAACAUCAAAAGAGCAUUCACAUCGGGUCACGCUUCUUUUUCUUCUGCUCUUUGCUCACGUCAAAAUGAGCUGUUCGGACGUGCUCCAGGAGGGCUGCAACCCAGACUUUCCCGUGUUUUGGGAGAAUCUGAAAUACUUGGGCCAAGUGUGCUAUUUCCUGCCCGCCGCUAUUGUCCAUCUCCGAAUUCUCGCGAUUCUCCUUCAUUUUCAUCGAGCAAUCUACAUGGUCCAAUCGUUUUUCGUCCUUUUUUCCGUGGAUUCCAUUGCGGUACUCGCGUCUGGUCUGUCCGCGCUUCCCCUUUUCAAACUUUUCAAAUUUCAGAGUCUAACCCAAAUAGUUAUCGAUGUUGGCAUUCAACGAAUCGCCCUGUACAUUCCGCAAGUCUGUCCGAUAUUGUAUGACCACUUUUUGGCGCACCGCACUUUUCCGCACUCCUAUUUUGUGAUUUACAAUUAUAUGCGAGCCGCCAAGUCGGUCAUUCAAGUGUUCAUGACGUUGAAUCGAAUGACAUGUGUUUUGAUGCCUUUGGAAUACGGACAGGUGAGCUCGUUGCAACCGUUGGUGGCCUAGCUUUUGCAAUUGGUGGCCUAGAAAACCAAACUCGCCAAAAUCAGGCUCAACCUCUCGUUUUCAGUUCAAAUUCGGAAUAAGCUUGUUAGAAGGAGUGGAUUUGGUAUACCACUUGCCCUAGAAGCCUUGCUUUUCCACUGAUGGCCUAGCUUUUGCAAUUGGUGGCCUAGAAAACCAAACUCGCCGAAAACAGGCUCAACCUCUCGUUUUCAGUUCAAAUUCGUAAUAAGCUCGUUAGAAGGAGUGGAUUUAGUAUACCACUUGCCCUAGAAGCCUUGCUUUUGCACUGAUGGCCUAGCUUUCGCAUUGGUGGCCUAGGAAACCAAACUCGCCGAAAACAGGCUCAACCUCUCGUUUUCAGUUCAAAUUCGGAAUAAGCUCGUUAGAAGGAGUGGAUUUGGUAUACCACUUGCCCUAGAAGCCUUGCUUUUGCACUGAUGGCCUAGCUUUUGCAAUUGGUGGCCUAGAAAACCAAACUCGCCGAAAACAGGCUCAACCUCUUGUUUUCAGUUCAAAUUCGGAAUAAGCUCGUUAGAAGGAGUGGAUUUGGUAUACCACUUGCCCUAGAAGCCUUGCUUUUGCACUGAUGGCCUAGCUUUCGCAUUGGUGGCCUAGAAAACCAAAUUUCCGAUAAAAUGGGCGACGCUUUCCUUCAGAUCUGGCGCCGAAUGAUGCCGUUCACCGCUGCAAUCAUCGCCCUCUCCCCGCUGCUCGUCAUCUGGAACAUCAUCAUCUCCGACGUCUUUCCGGCCUCCUCAUUCGGCGGAUUCGGCGUGGCCUACUCGAAACGGGUGCCCUGGGCGAGUCUUUCACUCUUCCACCUCGUAUUCAUGCUGCUCGCCGUCUCGAUAACCGUCGCGAGCACUUUGGUCACUCUGCUCAAGAUGAGACGGCUCGAAAAUCGGCUGAAAAGCUCCGAACGGACACUUUGCCUCGCCUCCUUCUACAUUUCCGCCGGUUUCCUCGCCGCCGCCCUCUUUCAGGCAAGUUUGCACGGAUUGUCCGGUUUGAGAGCAUUCACAAUUCCCAGAGCUACUUUGCGUUCUUCUUCGUGCCCGGCACGAACGUCGGAAUCUUCUAUUUCCUUCAAGGAUUCUCGUUCGACGUGCUCAACGUCGGCUCGCCCGUUGUGAUGCUGUCUCUGAGUGCUCAACUGAGAUAUCAUGUGAUUCCUGUGAGACGGCUGGCUCCACGCAAGACCACAGUGGUCUCAAUGACCUCGGGCACCAGAGUUUUAUAGAAUCACACCGUUUUUUUGCAAUAAAAUGUGACGGAACGCUGAGAGAAUUUGCAGAAGGACAGCAGUGAAGCGAGCAGAAAUCAGAAGAAGAAUCCCACACGUUUUUCCCCAAUUUUCCCACAAUUAUUUCCCAUAAUUCCUCUUCUGUUUCGAAUAUUGUCCGUUCACAACAUGAACGCCUCCUGCAACCCAGAUUUUCCCGUUUUUUGGGAGAAUCUGAAAUACAUCGGCCAAGUGUGCUAUUUCCUGCCCGCCGCUAUUGUCCAUCUCCGAAUUCUCGCGAUUCUCCUUCAUUUCCAUCGAGCAAUCUACAUGGUCCACUCGUUUUUCGUCCUUUUUUCUGUGGAUUGCAUUGCGGUACUCGCGUUUGUUCUAAAUUUCCGAAAAAAAACAAGUUUCAGAGUCUAACACUCAUCAUAAUCGACGUUUUUCUAGUCCGAAUAGCAAUUUACGUUCCGCAAGUGUGUCCGAUAUUGUAUGGCUACUUUUUCGAGCACACACUUGUACCCCAUUCCUCUUUUGUCGUGUACAAUUACAUGCGAGCCGCCAAGUCGGUCAUUCAAGUUUUUAUGACGGUUAAUCGAAUGACAUGCGUUGUUACGCCUUUGGAAUAUGCAAAAGUGAGUAAAAGGGCUUGUCGAGACGAGUAUAAGGGCUGGAAGCGUUGAUGGCCUAGGUUUUGCAAUAGGUGGCCUAGAAAACCAAAUUUGUCAAAAAUAGGCUCUCUUUUCGAGUUCAAAUUCGGAAUAAGCGUGUUAAGAGGGAGUGCUUUGGUAAACCACUUGCCCCAGAUGCCUAGCUUUUGCACCCAUGGCCUAGAAACCCAAUUUUCAACACAUAGGCCAAAUCUUACAGAACUGGCGUCGAUUCGUACCCUACUCGCUCGCUAUUAUCGUCUUCUCGCCGCUGCUCGUCAUUUGGAACGUGAUAAUAUCCAACGUCUACCCGAUUCCAGUGUUCGGCGGCUUCACGCUGACCUACACGAAACGGGUGCGAUGGGCGAGUCUGUCGCUGUUCCAGAUGAGCCUCAUGCUGCUCGCCGUCUCGAUAACCGUCGCGAGCACUUUGGUCACUCUGCUCAAGAUGAGACGGCUCGAAAAUCGGCUGAAAAGCUCCGAACGGACACUUUGCCUCGCCUCCUUCUACAUUUCCGCCGGUUUCCUCGCCGCCGCCCUCUUUCAGGCAAGUUUGCACGCAUUUGUACAAAGGCUCAUGAACUUUGCAUGUCCAUUUCAACUUUUAGCUAUUGUAGGCUCACAAAAAGACGUACCCCGAAAGUGUGACAAUAUGGGUAUCGAAACUUUCGAAAUCGCGCGGAGAACUCAAAAAACACCAACUCUUUUCAAUUCCAGUGCUGUUUCGCCUUCCUCAACACCACUUCCGCACUGGCUAUUGUCUACUUCCUUCAAUAUUUCGUAUCCGACGCGUUGAACGUCGGCUCGCCGCUCGUGAUGCUAUUGCUGAGCGCUCAAUUGAGAAAUCAUGUGAUUCGUGUGAAACGCUCGCCGGCCACGACGUCUACAAUAUCCGUUUCGUCGGCUGCGGCAAAGUGUAGCUAA